AUGCCUGAAGUUACCAACAAGAAGCCGUUGCGCAUUUCCAUUCACCGUGGAGGAACCUUUACCGAUUGUAUUUGCAAAGUGAUCAACGGGGAUGAUAUUAUCGUGAAGAUAUUAUCUGUCGACCCAAAGAAUUAUGCCGACGCGCCAACUGAGGCAAUUCGCCGCGUUUUGGAGAUACACUAUAAAACUUCAAUUCCACGAGGCUCUGAACUAGAUCUUAAGGAUGUUGUUAAGGAUUGGAUCCGCAUGGGCACAACGGUUGCAGCCAAUGCGCUACUCGAGCGUAAAGGCGAGCGUACAGCCUUGCUUGUAACCGAAGGCUUCAAGGAUAUCUUGUAUAUUGACAACCAAUUCGAUUUGUCAAUUCGACGAUCAAAACCGCUGUACUUGGACGUCUUUGAGGUUAAAGAGCGCGUUAUAGUUGGGGCGUGCAGUGACUCGAAUCUCUGUACCGUGAAGCUGCAAUCUCCAGGGCCAGUUGGGUCAAUCGUUGGUACCUCUGGUGAGAUUAUUGAAGUGCUACAACCUAUCGAUUUGGCAAGUACUCGGGUUUAUCUGCGAGAUAUAUAUAAAAAGGGUUUCCGCUCGUUGGCGGUGUGCCUCAUGCAUUCCUACAUCUUCCCGACUCAUGAGUUACAGAUUCGCGAGUUAGCUCUCGAGAUUGGGUUCAAAUAUAUAUCUCUCUCACACCAAACCUCUCCACGACCAAAACUUGUCCCUCGCGGAAACUCCACGGUGGUUGACGCAUACCUGACCCCAAACAUCGAAUAA